AUGUUGUUAUACAGUUUUUCACUUAUAGUUUUGAACAUACUUAUGCUCGCUAUUAGUGCACAGAAUUUACCUCCAGGAGUGCCGCCACAUCGUUAUCAGCAACCUUCCCACACACAAUACCAACAGCAAGUGCCUCAACAACAAUACCAACAUCAAGUGCCUCAACAACAAUAUCAACAGCCCCCUCCACAACAACAAUAUCAACAACCAGCUCCACCACAACAAUAUCAACAUGUACCCCAACAGGUUCCUGUACCCCAGCAAAAUGUACCAGUACAUCAGCAGCAACAUCAUGAUCAUCACCAUAACCAUGAUCAACCUCAACAAAUUUUAAAUGCUGCUAAUGUUGCUCAAGAAGCGGAGCAUAUCGCUGAACAUAUGGACGUGCCAAUUGAUACAAGUAAAAUGAGUGAACAAGAAUUACAGUUUCACUACUUCAAGAUGCAUGAUGCCGACAACAAUAACAAAUUGGAUGGUUGUGAAUUAAUCAAAUCUCUUAUACAUUGGCACGAUUGUUCGAUAAUGCCCAAGAUAAAGGCAAAUGGUAAAUAUGUUAAAUCAUAUGAUGUGUCACCUAAAUGGAAAGAUGGUGACGACUCGGCAAAAAGUCUAUCUGACGAGGCUAUAUCUAAGUACGUCGAUGAAUUCCUAACUCGCAUAGAUCCGGACAACGACGGAUACAUCAGUUAUGUAGAAUAUCGAAAGUAUGUAGACAGUGUUAAAAUACAUUAA